UGACCUCGUGAUCUGCUCGCCUCGGCCUCCCGAAGUGCAGGGAUUACAGGCUUGAGCCACCACACCCAGCCCAAUAUACUCUGUCGAAGACAAUGUUCGAAAGUUGUUCCUGUACUCAGCACGGUGUGAAACUAGAUAAAUACAUUUUAGGGAAAUCAACAAUAGAAUUUUUUUGAAAGAAAAUUGGUUUUCAAGGUUUAUUCUUCAAUUAUCAAAAGCUUUUCAAAAGUAAAACAUACUAUUCCUCUCCACGAUCCCAGUUAAUCCAGACCCUCCUCGGUGGGCUUUAUCAAAUACCGCACUCACCUUCCUGAACCUUCUGCUGAAUCUCCUAUACAGUUUUGUCACAGAACCUCAGAUUUUUUGUAAGGUUUUGUGUACCACGCCAUGCCUGUGAAUUGCUUUCUUUGCUUUGUUUUAUUUUUUAUUUUUGUAAGAAGUAGCCGGCAAGUAUCUUUCUUUGCUUUAGAGAUGUAAACUGCUUUGUAUUUUCAGAUUAACUUUCAAGAAUGUUGAAAAUGCUUUGCUCACUCUUCUUUUCUCGCUUCCUCCCUCUCAGGACCUAUAAAUGGCACCGCCCAGCCCAAUGGACAGAUGCCCCAGGCUGCACAUUCUGUCAGUGCUGUUCUCCAAGAGGCCCAGACACACGCUGAAACAUCGAAGGAUAGGAAGCCAGCCCUCGGGAACCACCAGGAGCCAGGAGCACCCCCGGCCCCACACGGCCCCAAGUCCAGCCUGCCCCUUGCUCUGGUGCAGAGGUCCUGGGACACCAUCUGCAGCCCCCUCACGCCCCGCAAGGCCAAGAGCACUGGCGGCGGGGGCUUUCCCGCCCCGCCCGACGACUUCCUGCCACCACUGCCACCGCUGCCGCCACUGGACGACCCAGAGCUGCCGCCACCCCCGCUGGAGGAUCCAGAGCUCCCGCCACCGCCCCUGGACUUCAUGGAGCCGCCCUCCCCCGGACUUCGUGCCCGCUCCCCCAGCGGUGGUCAAGAGGCCGCCUAUGCCCCACCCUCCCAACAGGCACGAAGCAUCAAUGUUCAGAACCAACACAUGAAUAAAACAAAUGAAUAAAUGUUAA